ACGCCCCCAAACCCUACCCCUCCAGCCCUCGCGCCGCCGCACCACCAACCAGCGCCGUCGCCGCCGCCGCCGCCGGAGAAGGAGAGGGAGCAGCCGCAGCCAUGGGUCGCGUCCGCACCAAGACCGUGAAGAAGACCUCCCGCCAGGUCAUCGAGAAGUACUACUCUCGGAUGACCCUCGACUUCCACACCAACAAGAAGGUGCUAGAGGAGGUCUCCAUCCUCCAGUCGAAGCGCCUCCGCAACAAGGUGGCCGGCUUCACCACCCAUCUGAUGCGCCGCAUCCAGCGCGGCCCCGUGCGCGGCAUCUCCCUCAAGCUGCAGGAGGAGGAGCGUGAGCGCCGCAUGGACUUCGUGCCGGAGAAGUCGGCGCUCGAGGUCGACGAGAUCCGCGUCGACAAGGAGACCAUGGACAUGCUGGCGUUCCUCGGCAUGGCUGACCUCCCCGGCGUCGAGCGCGCCCCCGAAACCACCUCUGCCGCCGCCCCCUACCGCCAGCCCUUCAACGGACCCCGCGGUGGCAACCGCGCCUAGGUUCCUCCGCAUCGUCAUCGUACCCCUAUAUUAUGCUUUAUGUCUUUUAGAUCUGUUACUUGUGGCAAGUAAUGUUUUGAACUCAAGGCUUAAGUUCGAGGUGUUUUGAUCUGCGUAUGGUGGACAUGAUCUGUUUAUCUCACCGUUUAUCUGAAGUGAUUCGAUAUAUUACUGUUGAUCUUUGAA